GACCUGGACUUCGAAGCGUCUCUCGCCAGCCAUGAAGACGACGAGACAGGGAGGAGUAUCUGCUUACGUGACAACAGCACCGGCGAUUGCUCUGACUACCGUCGUCAUAAUUCUGAUUCUCUCUUUCAACUUUUUCACCAGAAACAAUUCGAAACCGGAGUUCGUGAUUCCGAUUGUUCAAUUGCAAAGCAAGUUAAACUUGAGUCGUCAACCUUCUGAUGAUUAUAAGUUCCGAGCCGUGAUUACUCCGGAUCUUCACCGAAUAUCUUCUUUGCCUCUUCAACUCAAUCGUAAUCGAACUUUCAUCACAGGACGGCGGCGACUGGAGUUAGAGCUUGCUAGAGCACGAGCUACGAUCAGGGAAGCUGCCUCUGUUCGUAACCUAUCUCAGCUUUUACAAAGCGGUGACGUUUUAUCCAGUGAUAUCUAUCAUAACCCCGGCGAGUUUUAUAAGAGUUAUAUAGAGAUGGAGAAAAUAUUUAAAAUAUAUAUAUACGAAGAAGGUGAGCUCCCAAUUGUACAUGAUGGGCCAUGCAAAGAUAUAUACACAGUAGAAGGAAGGUUCAUACAGGAAAUGGAGCAAGGGAGGAGAGGGCAUUAUUUUAGAACCAAAGAUGCAGACAGGGCGCAUGUUUACUUCAUGCCAUUCAGUGUUACCUGGAUGGUCAAGUAUCUGUACAAGCCUGAUACCUAUGACGUCACCCCACUCCGACACUUUGUCUCUGAUUACGUCAGAGUCAUCUCUACCAAACAUCCUUUCUGGAACAAAACUCAUGCGGCUGAUCACUUCAUGCUCUCUUGUCACGAUUGGGGUCCGCAUGCCUCAAAAGGUCACCCAAACCUCUACAACACUUCAAUCCGAGUCCUUUGCAAUGCCAACUCCUCCGAAGGAUUCAACCCACAGAAAGAUGUCAGCCUCCCGGAGAUCAAUCUCCGGACCGGCAACAUUCCCCCCAACCUUCUGUCUCCUCCAUCAUCCACCACUCCUAGGAUCCACCUCGCGUUCUUUGCAGGUGGGGUCCAUGGUCCCAUACGACCCCUCUUACUCCACCAUUGGAGGGGCCGGGACCCAGAUCUUCAAGUCUACGAGUACCUCCCGAAAAACCUAGACUACUACUCCUUCAUGUUUGCCUCCAAAUACUGCCUUUGUCCUAGUGGUUAUGAGGUGGCCAGCCCUAGGAUUGUUGAGUCCAUUUAUUCGGAGUGUGUGCCGGUCAUAAUAUCCGAAAACUAUGUUUUACCUUUUAGCGACGUGUUAAAGUGGGAGGCAUUCUCGAUUCGUGUUAAGGUGUCGGAAAUUGGUCGACUGAAAGAAAUUUUGACGUCGGUGCCUGAAGAAAAGUAUUUGAGGCUAAAGAGUAAUUUGAGAGCAGUCAGGAGACACUUUGUUUUGAACCAACCUGCGGAAAGGUUUGAUGUGUUUCAUAUGAUAUUGCAUUCUGUUUGGCUUAGGAGAUUGAAUUUGAAACUAGAAUAG